CAGAUGACGAACCCUCUUCAAAAAAGGACAUAUUUUAAAUAUUUUUGGUGCCAUUUUUUCAAUAGAAUAUCCUUUUGACUGUAUUAAAGGGGGCUUGCUUUCUUCUUUUAAAGAUGCAUCUGUCUGUCUUCUUGCUCUCUCUGUGUGCAGGAACUUUAGUUGGAUCAAGCGACUGGUGCUACAACACAUGCCUGAAUCAUUCCCCAUCCCACUGGAAAGACAUGGAAGGAUCGUCAUGUGGAGACAGUCGUCAGUCUCCAAUUGAUAUCCAAACAAGCAGAGUUAAAAGUGACCCCAACCUGGAUAGCUUUAUCUUCCAAGGCUUUGACUCUACUCAGGUCAUCAAGUCAAUUGCUAACAAUGGACAUACAGUUACAUGUGAAUUAGGAGACAAACUAGUUAAUGUGAGUGGAGGUGGACUCAAUGGGAUGUACAAUGUUCUUCAGUUUCACUUUCAUUGGGGAAAGGCAGACUUCAUUAAUCAUCCAGGAUCGGAGCACACAGUUGACGGGAACAGAUAUCCAAUGGAGAUGCACAUUGUCUGCAUGAAGGACGGCCUGUCUCCUGAUAGUGCAGCAAAACAAGAAGACGGAUAUGCGGUGCUCGGGUUUUUCAUAAAUGCAAAAGAUGACCAAGACACAUCAGAGGCGUGGACCACGUUGACAUCGUUCCUUCCAAACAUCAAAGAAGUCGAUCAAAUGGUUAAUGCUGACCAGAACAUCUCAAUCAAUGGUUUGAUCGGAAAUGUGGACCUCUCAAAGUACUAUCGCUACAUGGGCUCCUUGACUACUCCCCAAUGCAGUGAAGCCGUCGUGUGGACGCUCUUUCACGAGCCAAUUCCUGUCAAUUCCACACUGAUUCAAAUGUUUCCCCUAAUGACCAGCUUUGUUGACAUCUAUCGACCCACACAAGACUUGAACGGUCGCCAAGUGUACACCUCCGCUUCUUCUGUGCCGAGUCAUUCAUGGUGCUAUGAAGGACACCUGUGUGAUUAUGCCCCGUCUAAUUGGAGCUUUCUACCUGAGGCUAAAUGUGGUGGUGAACAGCAGUCACCCAUCAACAUUGACACGCAAAGUACUACUGAGGAUGAAAGUCUUGGCGCCUUCACUUUCCUCAACUUUGAUGACAAGCAUGUGAUCGAGAGUAUCACUAACACUGGCCACUCAGUGCAGUGCAAUAUAAAUGGUUCUGUGGAAGUGUCAGGUGGAGGUUUGCCACAUGUCUACACCGUCCUUCAGUUCCACUUCCACUGGGGAAGUGUGGCCUCUCACGGUUCAGAGCACCUGCUGGAUUCCAAGAGUUUCCCAAUGGAGAUGCACAUCGUCUGCAUCAGGAAGGACCUAAAUAUGUCUGAGGCACUAGCUCACUCUGAUGGCCUGGCAGUGCUGGGAUUUUUUAUAGAGGCUCCACAGACCAGCAAAAGCGGCUCCCAUUCAAGCAGCACCUCAGAUUCUAGUGGAACGACAACCCCCCCAACAAGUUCAACAUCUGACAUGGAAGCCUGGACAAAGUUAACCAACUACUUAGAUCAGAUUCAAACAGUCAACUCCCAGGUUCCAUUCUCUGAUGAAAUAUCUAUAGAUGAUCUGCUCGGCAACGUUGACCGUCACUCAUACUUCCGCUACAAUGGCUCCCUGACCACCCCCCAGUGCAAUGAAGCUGUGGUUUGGACGGUCUUCAAAGAGUCUAUUAAGGUUAACCAAAACCUGAUGACUAGGUUUCCAGAAUCUACCGGGUAUGAAAACAUCUAUCGACCACAGCAGGAGCAGCAUUCCAGAACAAUCCUCUCCACAAAGGUGUCGGCUGGAUCGAGCCCUCAAGUCAAGACUGCCAGACUUUUCUAUCCUCUCCUGGUGUUUGUCUGGGCUCUACUUUAUUGAUUUGAACUGAAUGGAACCGCCGUAACAAAAGUCAUUCACACUGUUGUAUAUAAAGGCAAUAACAAACUAAUAUUUCCUGGACCAAUAACCAUUCAUUUGAUUGUUACAACAUAACCAUGAAAUAGUUUUUAGCCUGUAGUAAUUUUGUGUGUGUGUGUGUGUUUGUAAGAUUUGUCGAAUGAUCCAAAGCGAAUGAUUUAACACAUUGUGUGUUUGCUUUUUUUUGUUUUGCACAAUCCAUGACACAAUAUAAAUGCUUUGCAAAUACAGAACAUGGCAAAUAUUUGCUUUUAAAUGGCAUCAUUAGUUAUACAUUCAUUCCAUUUUAUGCAAUUGAUUUUGGAAAAUGUAUUUGAAUAUUUACUGGUCUUUUUGGUGUGUAUAUACAGUAAGUUUUUCUCUUUUGUCUCAGCAGUUUGUUGUUUAUUUUGAUGUCAUCUCUGGCAUAUUUUGUUUUAGAGUAAAAUGCUAAUUGGGUAA